AUGGCCCAGAAGAUGCUACGCUUCCGCCGUCUCGGCCUCGGACCUCACCUUCGGCCAGCCGUCACCCCAGGCAUAUCCGCCCAGGAGUACCACGACCGCCGCGCCGCGCUGGCCGCGCAGCUGGCCCCGGACUCGGUCGCCGUCCUCGCCGCCGCCGACCUCAAGUACCGCUCCGGCGCCGUCUUCUACCCCUACCGACAAGACUCCAACUUCCUCUACCUCACCGGCUUCGCCGAGCAAGACUCCCUCGCCGUCAUCCGCAAGACCGGGCCCCAGCCGGAGGACUUCCUCUUCGCCCUCUUCGUCCGCCCCAAGGACCCCCGCGCCGAGCAGUGGUCGGGGCCCUGGAGCGGCACCCAGGCCGCCCAGGACGUCUUCAACGCCGACGAGGCCCUCGACAUCAACGCCGUCGACGCCGAGCUGCCGCGCCUCCUCAAGGGCGCCAAGAAGGUCUACACCGACAUCGAGCUCAGCCGCGGCGGCCGCGACACCAAGUUCGCCGCGCUGCUCGGCCGCCUGCGCGCCCAGCCCCUCGCCCCGCUCGUCCACGCCCAGCGCGCCAUCAAGAGCGAGGCCGAGGUCGCCAACAUGCGCCGCGCGGGCCGGCUGUCGGGCCGCGCCCUGACCGACGCCAUGCGCCGCCCCUGGGCCUCGGAGCGCCAGCUCGCCGCCUUCCUGGACAACGAGUACGCCCUGUCCGGGCUCGACGGCCAGGCCUACGUGCCCGUCGUCGCCGGCGGGCCCCGCGGCCGCAUGAUCCACUACGUGCAGAACAACGCCGCCCUCCGGGCCGACGAGAUGGUCCUCGUCGACGCCGGCGGCGAGUACGGCACCUACGUCGCCGACAUCACGCGCACCUGGCCCGCCUCGGGCCGCUUCGCCCCCGCCCAGCGCGACCUGUACUCGGCCGUCCUGCGCGCCCAGCGCACGGGCGUCUCCCUCUGCCGCGCCGCCGCGGGCCUCAGCCUCGACCGCAUCCACGCCGUCGUCGAGGACGCCCUGCGCGCCGGGCUGGUCGAGCUCGGCUUCGACACCUCGGGCGACGCCAUGUCGGUCCUCUUCCCGCACCACGUCGGCCACUACGUCGGCCUCGACGUCCACGACACCCCCGGCUACCCGCGGCACGUGGCCCUGCGCCCGGGCCACUGCGUCACCGUCGAGCCGGGCGUGUACGUGCCCGACGACGCGCGCUGGCCGGCGCACUUCCGCGGCAUGGGCGUCCGCAUCGAGGACAGCGUGUGCGUAGGCGAGGAGGACCCCUACAUCCUCACCACCGAGGCGGUCAAGGAGGUCGACGACAUCGAGGCGCUGCGGGAGCAGUAG